GAGGAUGUGAAAAGAGUCAGCCGACCAGUGAGUCCAGCACUCAGCCAGCUUGUUUACGCACGCUGUGGGGACAAGGACCAGGACAAGGACAAGGACCAGGACCAGGACCAGGACCAGGGCCAGGACCAGGAACAGGACCAAGACCUGGAACAGGACCAGGAACAGGACCAGGAACGGGACCAGGAACAGGACCAAGACCAAGACCAGGACCAGGACCAGGAGCCAGGGGGUGGCAGCGGGCGUCCAUCCUCCUCCUCACGCUGAUGAUCAUCGACCUUCAUCGACCUCCAUCCUCCUCCUCGUAAGUGGUGUCAUGGAGCAGCCGGCCAGCAGCUGCAUGAGGGGCACCCACCCUGGCAGCCCCAUCUGGGGGUGCAUGAGGAGCCCGGCGGGCCCCAGCCUGCAGUCGCCCUACCAGCAGGCCCCCUUCUCCCUGCACCAGAAGCCUGACUUCCUGGCCUACACGGACUUCUCGGGCUCCUGCCUGGUGCCGCACGCCGCCUACCCGAGAGACGACAGACUCUACCAGGACAGCCCGGGCGCCUACCAGAGGCCCGACUGGCACUUCAACCCCUGCCAGAGCAGGGCCCGGGCCCCUGAGGCCUGCCCGCCCGCCGCCGGCCUGGAGGUGGCGGGGCCCCAGAUGGACAGUGUGGGGGGGGCCGCCCCCGGGGGCCCCGAGGGGGAGUACUCACCCCAGAGCGGGACGUCGGCCGACUCCGACAAGAAGAGCGCCAACAAGAGGAAGAGAGAGGUCACAGACGCAGCGGAGUCAGGCUUGAAGGCGGAGUCUAACUGCAAGGCCAGGAAGGAGCGCACCGCCUUCACCAAGGAUCAACUGAGGGAGCUGGAGGCGGAGUUUACUCAUCACAACUACCUGACACGCCUCCGCCGCUACGAGAUCGCCGUCAACCUGGACCUCACCGAGCGACAGGUGAAGGUGUGGUUCCAGAACCGACGGAUGAAGUGGAAGCGAGUGAAAGGAGGACAGUCGUCUUCGCCCAACCACUUGGAGAACGAGGACGUGGACUCGCCAACCUCCGACUGACAAAACUUUGAUGAUUGUUUGCAGAGAAUCAUUCUUUAUUGCUGAAAUGAAAUGUUUGUCAACAAGGUGAAGACCACAUGGACAUACUGUAUACUCUACAUAUACACAUACACACAGUCUGCAUACCGUGUAUACUUACAUACUCCACACACACACACACACACACAUAUAUGUGUAUGUAUGUA